AUGGCGCUCAGCGAGACUGCGCCUGUCGCAGACAUGGACAUUGACAUGGACCUCGACCUGGGACCUGAGCCCGAGCCCGAGCCAAUUCAGAUUCAGAUGGAACAGGCACCGGCCUCAAACCUCGACACCACCGUUGAUCCCCUCACCGAGGAAGCGGUCUACGAAAAGGUUCACGUUCGCGGGGUCGACGAGAUGACCACAGAAAACAUCAAGCAGUUUGCUCGCGACUGCUCAGGCCAAGAGCCAGUGCGCGUUGAGUGGAUCGAUGAUACAUCCGCCAAUCUCAUAUUCUCCUCCACCGAAGUUGGCCUCCAAGCUCUGGCUGCCCUCACCCAAGUCACCGAAGAAGAAGACGCGUCUUCCCUCCCCCCUCUGCGUCUAAGAUCCGCGAAACUAUUCCCGUCACAUCCCGAUUCUGUCCUCCAAGUGCGAUCGGCAGUCAAGUCCGACCGCAAGCAAGCACGCGCCCAUGAAAAGAGUCGCUUCUACCUCAUGCACCCUGAGCAUGACCCCCGAGAGCGCCUGCGACAGGAGUUCAAAGAAAGGCGACGUGACGACGAUGGAGGCGAGGGCGAUUAUAGCAGACGCAGGUUUGACGACCGGGAGCACCGCCGCCGCCGAGAUCGCGACGACAGCGAAAACUUCAGUGCCGAUAUGUACGGCGACAAUGUGGGAUCCGGUGGUUCUGGACGAGAGCGCAGAGGACGUGGACAUAGCCAGAGGGAGCUUCUCCCCGACGCAGACCGAGCUAGUGGACGCCUCCGCAAUCGCAGUGCAUCACCAGGACGAGACACGUUGGAAGAAGAGCUAAGCAAGAGAGAAAGCCAAGAUACCGGCAGACGAUUCCGUGAGAGAUCGCCACGCCAAUCCCGCCGGAACCAAGGCAGAGAGCUUCUCGCAGCGGGCAGUGAAAGCACGUCGGGCAACCGCGAGCUUUUCCCAAACAAGACCACCUCCAGCUAUAUCAAGAAAGACCUCAUCCCCACAAAGCCCAGCAAUCAUCGUCGGUCAGAUGCGUUUGACGCUUCUCGUGUUCCCGACGAAGGCGCUCGCAUUCGUGGCGCAGCUCGUGCAUCCGGCGAAGAUCAAGGGUUUGCCAUUCGUGGCGGCGCAUCCCAAGGACUGUCAAUCAAGGGCAAGGGUGAGUCGGUACGCGAGUUAUUCCCUUCGAAAUACGGGAAUGAUAACAGCAACAAUGCCGGCAAGGAAUUGUUCAACGACACGUUAGAAGGACGCGGUGGUCGUCGACGUCGGGCAGAGGACAUGUUCAGUUAA